AUGAGCAUUGUCGAAUCAGGGGGACGUAAAGGUUUUGCAACACUCUGUAUAUUGAAUAAAUGUUUACCAUUGACAUCAUCUGCUGUAUGUACUUUAUACUCACUGAGUGGUGAUAUAAUGGAUUACAAACAACUAAUUGAUGAUACAAUAUUUAUGUUUGAAUAUAUUCGAAAUGAGAAAUCAGAACAAAAUUAUGAAGAAAUUCUUGAAAUUGUUUCGACCACAAACCUUGUAGUAUUAGCGGGACGUCAUUUGAAACACGAAGAUGUUGGUAGUGAAGAUGAUGCCUAUGUUGAAUUAUGGUUAGAUGAUCAAAAAGAUAAACAACGUACAAAAGUGAUUAAUAAUUCGAAUAAUCCAACAUGGAACGAAACACUUGUCUUUGAUUUAGGGGACAAGAAAUGUGAUUAUUUACAUAUGGCUGUAUAUGACAAAGAUCCAGUUGGACAGGAUCAUAUUGGUUCAGCUAAAGUUAAUUUAAAAAACGUUUAUGAUAGUGGUGAAAGUACCGAAUGGAUAAGUUUAGUACCAGGUACAGGAGGAACUGCUAUAAAUGGACUAGUACAUUUAAAAAUGAAAUAUGAAAAUUAG